AUGGAUCGCUACAACGAGCUCAAGUUUCUGCUGAAAAGCUGGGAGCAGGGGUUUGUCAGACAGCACCAGAGGAAACCCAACAAGGAGGACAUUGAUCAAGCUCCAGAGGAGACAAGAAAUUUGUAUAAGGAGUACAGGAGUUUAAAACAAGCCAAAGAGAACAGCAGCACUGAUGCAUCCGGCAGUCCAACUAAAACCACAACACAGCGCAACCCAAAUCACAAGGAAUCCGGUUGUUGGGGCACCCAUUUGAACCGUAAAGCGAUGCCGGUGUCCGCUCCAAGACUGACGUCCCGGGACAGAGAAAAUCUGAUGGCUUCUUCCCAAUAUUAUGGGCUAAAGCUUAAAAACAACCUUGGUGCACUCUGCAAGGAGAGGCCUGUUUCACUGAAGAAAUCCUACCAAACUGGUCGAGUUCCUCUGAAUUCUUUGAAAGAUUGUCAGACAACGAACAGUUCAAGUUCGUCCAUAGAUGCUGAAAAGAGCCCAACACUUGAUCAAGAUCUCAGCCUCUUCUUUCCAAGAGCAAUGAAGCCGUGCCAGGGGUCAAUGCAGUCCAAAACACUCUGCUCAGAUGAACCUGAGGAGCACUUUAAACCAUUUGAACCUGAACCUGCAGAUGUUAUCAGUACCUACAGCAACAACAGUUCCGAUGGUGAUAGUAAAGACAUUAGCUCUAAGUUAAAUCCCACUUUCAUAGCUUCCUCUCCAACCAGAUCCUCAGCUUUCUUAUCUUUGUCUCCCCAACGUAAGUUUGGAAACACGGAAAAGCUCACUGAACGUGCAGGAGAUGGAGAAGAUCAUUUUGGCGUGUUAGCAAGUCCAUACAGGAGUCCUGAGUGUGCUGCUUCAGCUGUUUUCAGAGGGGGAUUGGUAAAACAGCCCCCUCUCACUAACAGGCUGAGCUUUCUUGACAGGAAGUGGCUGGAAAGGUGUCAGGUGUUUGGAGAGAUGGAGGCUGAGGAGAGACCCGGAGGAGGCAACCAGGAAAUAAAAAUGGAAAAGGCAAAAGAAAAGGAGCAAGAAACAGAAGAUGAAAGAGGAGGAAAAGCCGAGAAAGCUGAAGAUGGAGAAAGAAAAGAAUUUGAAACAAAGACGAGGUUUGAUAAUGUUUCAGAAUUGGCUCGACGGCGGGCUGGACAAAGCAAAGCAGAGGGAGAAAGAAAAGAGAAAAGGAACGGAGAAGAGGAGGAGACUGAAGGAGGACAGGCACAGCUUGCUACACCAGGUGACGACAACAAGAGUUGUCCUAAAUCACAAAGUGUAAAGAAAAGAGGGAGGAAGAGGCCGAGAGAGGGGGACAACAUGGAGGGAAGUGGUACAGAGGAGGAAGGAGUGAAAAAGAGGAGAAGGAAUUGUCAAAAGAAAGAGGAGCGCUCUGUAAACUCAAACGAUGGAGGAGGAGAGAAGAAAAGGAGAACCAAGAGAAAAGGAAAAGAACAUGGAGAGGAGGUUGAAGAGAAAGAAACUAAGGUUUCAACAAAGGUUCCCCAUGAGAACCUGUUGGGAGAAAUAGAGGAAGAGUUCAGAACUAAUGGAACGUGUCGGACACGACCUGCCAAAGCCAGAGUAACAAAGGGAGCGGAGGGGAACUUUGUGAAGAUAAACCUGAAAAAGAAAUCUCAUGUCAAAGGAUACGCACUAAGAGGAAUGGCUUUACGCAAACAGUUGUACAUGCAGAAGUUCCAGCUGAAAGGUGAGCGUUUUGGUGGAGGACGUGGAUGUUGGGGCAGAGGACGGAGGGGGGGCUUCAGAGGGGGCCUCAGUCGGCAGAUGGACACCUGCUACCGGUGUGGAGGGAGCGGACACUGGGCUGUCGACUGCAGGGGACCAGCUCCUCCCCCUCCUGUUUCUGAGGAUCUGCCUGCAGAAGAAGAGCCGUUUGAACUACCCACCCUGGAGGAGGUUGCCAGGGCAACGGGAACGCUGCGACCUCACCCAUCGGGGGCGUCCUCCUGUAUCAGUAAUGCGCAGCAGCAGGAGGAGGUGAACAGCAACCAUGAAGAUGACGUGCUGCUGAACGUGAUUCGCCCCGACUAUGAACGGCCUGCUCCUCCACCACCCAUGAAACCACUUUACCAUCUUACAGAGGACGGGAAAGUUCGGGAAACGCCAGAUGAGGUGUAUUCAGCUUUAAGAGCCCUUGGCUAUCAGUCAUUUAGAGCGGGACAGGAGAAGGCCAUCAUGAGGAUCCUGUCAGGCCUCUCCACUCUGGUGGUCUUAUCUACUGGAAUGGGUAAAUCACUGUGCUAUCAGCUGCCAGCUUACCUGUACGCUCAGCGAUCAAAAUCCAUCACUUUGGUUAUUUCACCUCUAGUUUCUCUCAUGGAUGACCAGGUGUCAGGCCUGCCCACCAAGCUAAAGGCCGCAUGUAUUCACUCCAACAUGACGAUGAAACAGAGAGAAGCUGCAAUAGAGAAGGUGAAGUCUGGCCAGGUGUGUGUGUUGCUCCUCUCUCCAGAGGCUUUGGUUGGUGGAGGAGGUUCAGGCGCAGGGUGUCUGCCCCCGGCUCAGGAGCUCCCUCCUGUGGCCUUCGCUUGUAUAGACGAGGCUCAUUGUGUUUCGGAGUGGUCACACAACUUCAGGCCCUGCUACCUAAGGCUCUGUAAGGUACUGCGGGAGCGCCUGGGGGUGCAGUGCUUGCUGGGACUCACAGCUACGGCCACACUGUCCACCGCUCUGGACAUCGCUCACCAUUUGGACAUCGGUGAUCAGGACGGCAUCGCUGUGAGAGCUGCAGCCGUGCCUCCAAACCUGAACCUGUCUGUGUCCACGCAUAAGGAAAAAGAUCAGGCUUUAGUUUCCCUGCUGAAAGGGGAUCGUUUUGGAUGUUUGGACUCGGUCAUCGUCUACUGUACCAGGCGAGAGGAGACGGUCCGUGUGGCUGCGCUGCUCAGGACCUGCCUGCAGGGGGUGCUGGUGAAAGAAAACACCCAAACAAGCGGAGAAAGCAAGACACAGAACAACUCGGUUGACCGGAGAAAAAAAGAACUGGCACGUAAGAAGAUUCGUAAACCCCUGAAAUGGCAGGCGGAGGCGUACCACGCUGGCCUGUCGGGGUCCGAGCGUCGCCGCGUCCAGAACAACUUCAUGUGUGGAGAGCUCAGAAUCGUCGUGGCAACCGUGGCGUUUGGUAUGGGGCUGGAUAAGUCAGAUGUUCGAGGUAUCAUCCACUACAACAUGCCAAAGAGCUUUGAAAGUUAUGUUCAGGAAAUUGGCAGAGCAGGGCGAGAUGGAGAACCGGCUCACUGCCACCUCUUCCUAGACCCCGAGGGUGGUGACCUCCAUGAGCUCCGUCGCCACAUCUACGCAGACACCGUGGACUAUUAUACAAUCAAAAAGCUGGUCCAGAGAGUUUUUCCUGCGUGCAAAUGUAAAAAGAUCCACCAAAAACAUCAAGAACUCUGGAAGGAUGUCGAAGACUCUGAGCUGCUGGAGGUGAUGGAUGCGUGUGAUCAGGAGAGAAACCUCCAUCAUCCUGUUCAGCAAGACACUGGACAAACAGAGAAUAAGGGAUCUACUGUCUUGCAGAUGCUUGAUCAAAAUUCAGCUGAGCCGUUCUUCUGUGAGCCCGUUGACGAAGAAAAAGAAAAGGAAGAGGCGAGCGAGUUGAAAAAAGAUGCGGCGGUUAAGAACGAGGAAGCUGAUUGGCCGAAGGAGCGAGUGUGUCGCACUCAUGAGCGAGCGAUCCCCAUCCAAGAGACUGUCGAGGCUCUGGACAUCACAGAGGAAGGUGUGGAAACGCUGCUCUGCUAUCUGGAGCUGCAUCCACAGCGGUUUGUCGAGCUUCUCCAUCCCACAUUGUCUGUGUGCACAGUCAAAUGCUACGAAGGACCCAGGCAGCUGCAAAGAAUCACUAAAAUCUGCCCUCCCAUCGCUGUGGUGUUGGCCAGGAGGAGGAUGGCCGGUGAGCGCGUGGUGAGUUAUAAUCAGGUGGAGUUUGACGUCGUCGAGGUAGCCGACACUAUGGGAUGGCAGCUUCCUGUUGUAAAGAGAGGACUCCGACAGCUGCAGUGGAGCACUGACAGAGGAAGCAGAAGAAGUGGCGUCCUCGUUGAAUUCUCCUCCUCUUCUUUCCACUUCCGUUCCUACGGUGACCUGAGCGAUGAGGAGAUGGACAGAGUUUGUCACUUCCUCCACAAUCGAGUGCAGGAGCAAGAGAGAACGCAGCUCUUCCAGCUCACAGCUUGUUUCAAGGCCUUUAAGAGUGUCGCCUUCAAAAAUGUGAUGUCCUGCUUGGAUGAUUUGGAUGAGGGUCGCAGUUUGCAGCUGAAAAACCUUCUCUCCGAGUACUUUGACCAGAGGAGAGACAGAGACCACAUGCUGAAACCUGUGGACCUCGAGGAGCUCAACAUGUAUAAGCUGUUGGACUGGGAGGAUCAGAUCAGAGCUGACAUUCGAAGUUUUCUCUCCUGUCGAAGUGACGAGAGGUUUUCUGGACGAGCUGUUGCAAGAGUCUUUCACGGCAUUGGGAGUCCUUGUUAUCCUGCUCAAAUAUACGGUAAAGACAGGCGUUUCUGGAGGAAAUACAUCCAGUUUGACUUCAACCAACUCAUCAGAUUGGCCACGCAGGAGAUCCUUGGCUUCAAGUGA